AUGGAACACCCGCCUCCAUCUCAUUACGAUGAGUUAUCCCCUCCUUCCUCGGUAGCGGGCCAGAUCUGGGACAUGGCGCUCACGGACCCCGACUAUGCCUCCCAUAUCCUCGACUCCAACAACACCGCCGCUCCCGUCUCCGCGCGUCUCACAAGACUAGCCCAUCUGGCAUCCCACUUCAAUCCGACCUCCAAAUCCGACUCCAUGACCCUUCAUCACUGUCUCGAGACCCUCGAGUCCCUGCUGGACCCACGCCCAGCCUUGACGCAAGAGCUCGCCCGAUGCCGUCCUAUAAGCCAUUCCCGACAGUCCAACUCCAUCGCUUCCAUCUCCACGACCGACUCCCAAGAUUUGGGCAAUUCUGUCGCUUCGCUCGAAGAGAUGUCACACCCUCCUCUCAAGGAUAUCUUGAGAGAGGUUACGACACUCAAAGUGGAAUUCGACCGUCGUCGCAAGGAGUCGUCCGAGAUAUAUGAGUUGCUCACACGAGAACGCGAAACACUAGCCCGGAAGAUCGGCGAACUAGAUGAUGAAAUUCACGAACUAAAUACAGACAUCCUCGAAGACACCGCUGAGCGGGAAGCGAUCCAAGGCACGAUACGAGGGCUCGAGAGUUGGGUGGAUGAAUGGCACAAACAGCGCCUAUUGAUUGCCGCUAAGAAACAGAAUGCUGCCUCACGGCGAAAUGGCCAACGAAGAUGGGCGAAAUGCAAAGUCGAAGAGGUCGAGGGCGACGGCGAAGCCCUGUUCGAGGGAAUAACGGCAUGGAUGCGAGGAUGGAAGGACGUCGAGGAGGUUUUUCGCAUCCGAGAGCAGAAUCGCACUUUGAGAAGGGAAGAAAGACAGAAGACACGGGCAAAAUACGUAUGAAAUGAAUUUUCGGCAGGAAUGGGACGCUGGUCGAUGAGGACGAAGGCGGGAAUGAGAUAUUGUGAUUGGGUAUCAAACGUAUCAUCCCACACCGCAGCGGAUGAGAAGGCUGCUGAAUCAUUCGCCUGAAGACCGAGCUUAGGGCGAUCACUGAUCGAUCUGUC